CCCCCUCCCUUUCUCUACCACCGCCUGUUCCGCACCGUCUCCUCCAACUGGAACCGGUUCCUCACCGACGUGCCGGGGGCCGCCGCCAAGACCAAGGGCUCGGCCCCGCCGGCGGCGACGGUCUCGCUCUCGCUGCCGUUCCUCUUCGCCUUCACCUUCGACCCCGUCUCACGCCGCCUCCAGUGCCAGGCGCUCGACCCCUUCUCCCGCCACUGGCUGCUGCUGCCCCCGGUCCCCUGCGGCGCCGCGGCCGGCUCAUUCGCCGUCGUGGGCCUCCCCGCACGCGGCAAGAUCUACGUGCUCGGCGGCGUGGAGGAGGGCGGCGACAAGGCCGUGAGCAGCGUGGCCGUCUACAGCGCGGCGACCAACGGGUGGGGGCAGGUGGCCGGCAUGAGGACGGCGAGGGGCUACAUGGCGGCCGACGAGGUGGGCGGGCGCGUGGUGGUGGCCGGCGAGGACGGAGAGGCGGAGGUGUUCGACCCAGAGGCCGGUCGCUGGUCGCCCACGGCUCCCCGUGGCGGCGCGGCCGUGGCGAGGUACGACGCUGCGGCGGCGGGCGGCAAGCUGUACGUGACGGAGGGGUGGGCGUGGCCGUUCGAGCGCGCGCCGCGGGGCGCGGUGUACGACGCGGCGGCGGACGCGUGGUCCGACAUGGCGCGCGGGAUGCGGGAG